UAUUCCCCUUGUUAUACGAUCUAUUUGGUCUUAAACCAGUUGGAUUCAGAAGACGAAGGCGAGCAAAUUAUUCCUUCAAUAUAGAUUUGCAAUUGUACAUACAUUCACUUCUCUUGUCGUGCUUUGUCUGUAUAUCGUGAUGGUGAUCUUUCAUCGUUGUUUUCCCUCCGUUGUUGGCAUCCGCACAAAGUGCUCCGUUGCUGCAUCAGAUGGUAGGAUUCACGAAAACCCUUCCCUCAAGCUUCAUUCUACCACUCUUCCUCCGAGCUUCUUGAUAUCCAAGUCACACCAGCCCGAGACUCCAACUUUGUUGUUUCCUCCGGCCAAUCAGAGUGUGGCAGCUGUUGUGUUCGGGGAUGGGCACGAGUCACAACUUUACCCGCUGACAAAGAGAAGAUCAGAAGGGGCGAUACCUAUUGCAGCAAAUUACAGGCUCAUUGAUUCAGUUGUGAGCAACUGCAUUAGCAGCAACAUAAGCCACAUAUAUGCUCUCACACAGGUUAACUCUACUUCUCUCAAUUCCCACCUUUCCAGAGCUUACUCUGGAGUUGGUCUUGGGAAUGAGGGCUUUGUUCAGGUCAUUGCCGCGUAUCAGAGCCCCGGCAAUAACAGAUGGUUUCAGGGAACUGCUGAUGCUGUGAGAAGAUGUCUGUGGGUGCUGGAAAAGUAUCCCGUGACUGAGUUUUUGGUCCUUCCCGGUCACCAUCUCUACACAAUGGACUACCAGAAACUCAUCAUGUCCCACCGAGACAAUGGCGCUGACAUUACCAUUGCUACAUCUGUUGCCACGAGACUUCAUGAUCCGGGAUUUGGCUUUCUAAAUGUGAAUUCUGAAAAUCAAGUUACAGAUUUCAGACUGAAUUUGGAGGGAAAGUCAGUUAAUGUUGCUUCGGCCAAAAGCUCAAGAAAAUCCAACGGUACGGCUCAAAGUAGUACGGCAAGUAUGGGAAUUUAUCUCAUCAACAGAUGUGUAAUGAAAAGGCUUCUGGAAGAACAUUUUCCAAAGGGAAAUGACUUCACAAGUGAAGUAAUUCCGGGUGCCAUAUCUUUCGGAAUGAAGGUUCAAGCUUAUGCAUUUGACGGAUAUUGGGAGGACAUGAAGAAUAUUAAAGCAUUCUACGAAGCAAAUAUGCAAAGCACAAAGGAUGCAGACGUAGGAUAUAACUUCUACGACAGAGAAAGUCCGGUCUACACAUUACCUCGGCGUCUGCCUCCAACUCAAAUAACAGGCGCUGUAAUUACAAACAGUGUAAUUGGAGAUGGUUGCAUCCUCAAUGGAUGCAGGAUCAAAGGCGCAGUAAUUGGUAUGAGGACGAGAAUCGGAAAUGGGGCUAUAGUCGAGGAUUCAGUCAUCAUGGGUUCAACCACGUAUCAAACAGAAGAUGGAGGGAAGAGGAAAGGCAUGGCGGGUACGAUCCCCGUGAUGGGAAUUGGCGAAGAUACUCAAGUAAGGAAGGCUAUUAUCGACAAGAAUGCAAGAAUUGGCAACAAUGUUAUGAUCAUCAAUAAAGAUAAUGUGAAAGAAGCGGACAGAGAAAGUGAUGGAUAUGUUAUUCGUGACGGAAUACUAGUCCUCCUUCCUAGUGCAGUAAUUCCGGAUGGCACCAUUCUCUGAUCAUUCAUUCAUUUCAUUUGCAUUUUGAUUGUUUUAGUUUUACAACCCCAGUCAGUCUCCAGCUAAUCAGAUGAAAUAAAAAGGAUAAAAAGGGAAGUUGGAAUAUCUUUGCUGAGCCUUCCCUUCCCUUCAAUUGAAUUUAUUUUUAGAAAACUAAUGAAAAUUGUUU